UAAAGAAUUGGGGGUCUUGGGCACUGGCAAGAGCAAACACUGCUGAAGGGCUUAUGCUCUAGAGCUGGGAAGGGCAAAAAGAGUUCAGGUAUCAGGUCUAUCCCCACUGUGACUCCAUCACAAAGAAAAACCAAAGUCUUGACUGGUGUUUCCAUGGCUGGUGUUUUCUUGAAGCUGACCUCUCAAGAUAUGAUGUUGGGGCCAGGCACAGUGGCUCACACCUAUAAUCCCAACACUUUGGGAGGCCCAGUCAGGCAGAUCACUUGAGCUGAGGAGUUUGAGACCAGCCUGGGAAACAUAGCAAGACCUCAGCUCUACUAAAAAAAUUUUUUUAAAGGCUAAGUGGCUCACGCCUAUAAUCCCAGCACUUUGGGAAGCCAAGGGUGGAUCACUUGAGCCCAGGAGUUUAAGACCAGCCUGGCCAGCAUGGCGAAACCUCAUCUCUACUAAAAAUACAAAAAUUAGCCAGGUGUGGUGGUGCAUGCUUGUCAUCUUGUUACUCGGGAGGCUGAGGCACGAGAAUCACUUGAACCUGGUAGGCAGAGGUUGCAGUUCAUGCCACUGCACUCCAGCCUGGGCAACAGAGUGAGACUCUGUCUCAAAAACAAAACAAAACAAAACAAAAAUUACAGUUGGACGCGGUGGCUCAUGCCUCUAAUCCCAACACUUUGGGAGGCUGAGACAGGUGGAUCACCUGAGUUCAGGAAUUUGAGACCAGCCUGGCCAAAAUGUUGAAACUCCACCUCUACUAAAAAUACAAAAAUUAGCUGGGCAUGGUGGUGUGCACUGGUAAUCUCAGCUACUCAAGUAGCCGAGGCAUGAGAAAUGCUUGAAUCCAGGAGGCAGAGGUUGCUGUGAGCCUAGAUCAUGCCACUAUACUCCAGCCUGGGCAACAGAGCGAGAUUCUACUUAAAAAAAAAAAAGCCAAGCGUGGUGAUGCACUCUGUAGUCACAGCUAUGCAGGAGUCUGAGGGGCAUGAUGGCUUGAACCUGUGAGGUUGAGGCUGUAAGGAGCUGGGAUCGUGCCAUUGCACUCUAGCCCGGAUGGACUCAGACAAGCAGUGGGACCCUGUCUCUAGGGGGAGAAAAUGACAUUGGUUCCCUCAACCCUGAAAUCCGUAUCUCUGAAUUCUUAGUUUUCUUUCUUUCUUUUCUUUUUUUUAUUCUGAAUCAGCACUGUACUCACAUGCCUUUGGGUCAUGAAAUGAAGACACAGAAGACCUGUGUCUUCUGUACUUAUCCUUCAUAUAGACAGCGUUUCUUUUCUCUUGGGAGUGUGAGGGAAGUUGAUAAAUCCUUUUUAAUUUAUAGCUUAGAUUUGUUUAGCAGCUUUUAGUGUGUGCUCACAUACAUUGUAACAUUUUAAUUCUCAUCAUAACUUUGUGAAGAGGAAAUUUAAAACUCAAAGAGAUUAAAUGACUUGCCUAAAGUCAGAAUCCUCAAACUUGAAUUUGGAUCUUUUGACUUUCCACAUCCCACACUGCAUCUUCAACACAUUUUCAACAGGCUUUUUUUACUCAAUUUCUUUCUCUCCAGUGGAAAAUAAAUGGACAUCAUGUUAAACAGCUAAAGGCCCUCUUUGGAGAGGCCAGCCCUUCCAAGUCAGUAAGUUUAUGCCAUGCAGCCUCUCACUGCCUUUGCCAAGAAUUCCCCUAACACACAAGUACAGCUGCUCUUGUUUAUAUUUCUUUCACCCUACCCUCAAAUAGCCAUAUACUGCAGUUAAAGAAACUUCAAGGGGCUGUGUGCAGUGGCACACACCUGUAAUCACAGCACUUUGGGAGGCCAAGGCAGGAGAAUUUCUUGAAGCCAGGAGUUCAAGACAGUCAUGGGCAACAAAGCAAGACCCUGUCUCUACAAAAAAUUUAAAAAUUAGACUGCGCUAGGUUGCCACCGCUGCUGCUGCCACCAUCAUGCCAGCCCGUCUGGUCUCUGUGAGGCCAGGUGACGCUCCAGAAUGGGAGAAAAGCCAAUUUGGGAGCAGAUUGGAUCCAGCUUCAUUCAACAUUAUUACCAGUUAUUUGAAAAUGAUAGAACCCAAUUAGGCGCAAUUUACAUUGACGCGUCAUGCCUUAAGUGGGAAGGACAACAGUUCCAGGGGAAAGCUGCCAUUGUGGAGAAGUUGUCUAGCCUUCCAUUCCAGAAAAUCCAGCACAGCAUCACGGCGCAGGACCAUCAGCCCACGCCAGAUAGCUGCAUCAUUGGCAUGGUUGUGGGCCAGCUUAAGGCGAAUGAAGACCCCAUGAUGGGGUUCCACCAGAUGUUCCUAUUAAAGAACAUCAACGAUGCUUGGGUUUGCACCAAUGACAUGUUCAGGCUUGCCCUGCACAACUUCAGCUGACCUCUCAGCCAGGCACUCACGCUGUUUCCUCCUCCCUCCUCUUCCCAAUACUAUUCCCACUCCUCCAGAUGCUCCAAAUAUCAUGCACAAAUGAGCAGGGCUGCAGCAGGAGUGGGCGCAGUGCGCUGCUGCCACCAAGGUGUUGUGCAUGAUGUUUGGAUGCUAGACUAGUUGCAUCUGACGGGAGAAGUUUGUGUUGUACUAGCGCAUGCCUUGGAAAGAGUUAAGUAAUGCAAAAGGUUGUCCUUUUUUUUUUAAAUCUACUGACAAGUUGCCCUAGUAACCCGAAGACGUGAAGGAGAAAGCAGCUGCCUCACCGCCCAGACGUUGAUUUGUUCAGAUGUUUCAAUGCCUCAUGAUACAAUAAAACCACAAAAAUUUUAA